CUUUUCCCGCUGCCUAGUGGCGAGAUCUCGUCCUCCUUCCGGCUGGGAUCCCUUCAUCACCUAGACGGCUGUCCCUCUUCCGUCGCUCCCGCAGCCUCCCGGGCGGCUCUUCCUAGCCUGGGCUCUGCCCCCGGGAUGCCUCCGCUUUGGGGAAAGCCUCGCUGAUCCGCAGCUCUGCCCAGCGCCUCUGGGGACGCCGACAAGGCGCCACCCGCUCGGCUGGAAGAUCCGGCACCUUGGACAGCGCCCCAGGGCUGGAAAUAUAAACCAAGACCUGGAUCCAGAAAGUCCCACCUGCGUGGCUGGGGAAGUAUGGUUCGAAGGAAAAAGAUGCCGUUUUUCCUUGUGGUGAGUUUGCUGGCGAUAUCACAACCUGGCCAUGGAGCAGUCCAUCUGAAUAUCACAGAAGGCUGCAAGCUCAUCUUCCCUCCGUGGGACGGUGGGAUCCGCUACAGAGGCCUGACCCGUGAACAAGUGAAGACUGCCCACUUCCUUCCUUUCGACUAUGAGAUUGAAUACGUCUGCCGCCCAGAGAGGGAAAUUGUGGGGCCCAAAGUACGAAAAUGCCUCCCUAAUGGCACCUGGACGGACAGUGAUGUUGAAAGCCGUUGCUUACGCACUUGUCCCAAGAUGCACCUGAACCUGGAGAAUGGGCAAGUCACUGUCCGGGCAAUUGAACGGGUGCCUGUUGAAGGCACCUGGGUGGAAUAUCGCUGCAAUCCUGGCUUUUACCUAGUGGGCAGUCCCCGCAGCAAUUGCACCAAGGUGGGCCGCUGGAGCUCCGCCAAACCCGUUUGCGAGUUGUGGCGCCCUCCUGUUUCCCGGUCUGGAUCAGGCAAGAAGAGGCUGCACAUCGGGGCGCUUUUCCCCAUGACCGGCGGCUGGCCGGGGGGCCAAGCCUGCCUGCCUUCCGCCCAGAUGGCCCUCGAGGACGUCAACAGCCGGAGGGACAUUCUGCCCGACUACGAGCUGCGUCUCGACCACCGCGACAGCGAGUGUGAACCUGGUGUGGCAACUAAAUUUCUGUAUGAACUCCUCUACAAUGAUCCCAUCAAGAUCAUCCUUAUGCCUGGCUGCAGCAGUGUUUCUACCUUGGUGGCCGAGGCUGCACGCAUGUGGAAUCUCAUUGUGUUGUCCUAUGGCUCCAGCUCGCCAGCCCUUUCCAACCGCCAACGUUUCCCCACCUUUUUCCGCACGCACCCAUCCGCCACACUGCACAAUCCCACCCGUGUGCAGCUCUUCAAGAAAUGGAGCUGGACGAAGAUUGCCACAAUACAGCAGACCACAGAGGUGUUUACAUCGACUUUGGAUGAUCUGGAGGAGCGAGUCAAAGAGGCUGGGAUUGAAAUCACUUUUCGCCAGAGCUUCUUCUCUGACCCUACAGUGCCUGUCAAGAAUCUCAAGCGCCAGGACGCUCGAAUUAUUGUUGGGCUGUUUUACGAGACUGAGGCACGAAAGGUUUUCUGUGAGGUAUAUAAGGAGCGUUUGUUUGGAAAGAAAUAUGUCUGGUUCCUGAUUGGCUGGUAUGCUGACAACUGGUUCCGCAUCAAGGACGCAAACAUUAAUUGCACAGAGGAAGAGAUGAGGGAGGCGGUGGAGGGACACAUCACCACGGAGAUCGUCAUGCUGAACCCAGAAAACACCCGCAGCAUCUCUAAUAUGACAUCAGAGGAAUUUAUAGAGAAACUGACAAAGCGUGUGGAGAAAUCUCCAGAAGAGACUGGGGGUUUCCAGGAAGCCCCAUUGGCUUAUGAUGCCAUCUGGGCACUGGCCCUUGCAUUGAACAAGACCUCAGCUGAACUGGUAAAGAAAGGGUUACGUCUUGAAGACUUCAAUUACAAUAACCAGACCAUUACAGACGAGAUCUACCGAGCCCUCAACUCUUCAGCCUUUGAGGGGGUCUCGGGACAUGUGGUCUUUGAUGCCAGUGGCUCUCGGAUGGCCUGGACCCUCAUUGAGCAGCUUCAGGAUGGUGUCUAUAAGAAGAUUGGCUAUUAUGACAGCACCAAGGAUAACCUAUCCUGGUAUAACAAUGACAAGUGGAUUGGUGGUGUCCCACCAGCAGAUUAUACUAAGGUCAUCAUCACCUUCCGGUACCUUUCCCAGAAGCUCUUCAUUUCUGUUUCGGUGCUCUCAAGUUUGGGUAUCCUCUUGGCCAUCAUUUGCUUGGCCUUCAACAUCUACAAUGGGCAUGUCAGAUACAUCCAGAACUCUCAGCCAUAUCUCAAUAAUAUGACCGCUGUGGGCUGUGCACUGGCCCAGGCAGCUGUCUUCCCACUUGGGUUGGAUGGCCUUCACAUCAGCAAAGACCUCUUCCCUUUUGUUUGCCAGGCCCGGCUUUGGCUCCUGGGUUUGGGUUUUAGCCUUGGCUACGGCAGCAUGUUCACCAAAAUCUGGUGGGUGCACACCGUCUUCACCAAGAAAGAAGAGAAGAAAGAACGACGGAAGACUUUGGAACCCUGGAAACUCUAUGCCACUGUUGGAUUGCUUGUCGGGCUCGAUUUUGUCAUCUUGGCUAUCUGGCAAAUAGUUAACCCACUGAAACGCACAACAGAGGAAUUUACCAAAGAGGAGCCUAAAAGUGACAUUGAUGUGCUGAUCCUACCCAAGCUGGAGCACUGCAGUUCCGAAAAAAUGAACACUUGGCUGGGUAUCUUCUAUGGCUUCAAGGGGCUGCUGCUGCUUUUAGGCAUCUUCCUGGCCUAUGAGACAAAGGGAGUCUCCACAGAGAAGAUCAAUGACCACCGAGCUGUGGGCAUGGCAAUCUAUAAUGUGGCUGUGCUGUGUCUUAUCACAGCCCCCGUGACCAUGAUCCUCAGCAGUCAACAGGAUGCUGCCUUUGCCUUCGCCUCCCUUGCCAUUGUCUUCUCCUCUUACAUCACACUGGUUGUGCUGUUUGUGCCCAAGAUGCGGCGCCUUAUCACCCGGGGAGAAUGGCAGUCCGAGCAGCAGGACACCAUGAAAACUGGCUCCUCCACCAACAACAAUGAGGAGGAGAAAUCACGGAUGCUGGAGAAGGAGAACCGUGAACUGGAGAAGAUCAUUGCCGAGAAAGAAGAGCGUGUCUCGGAGCUCCAGCAGCAGCUGAAAGAGCGGCAGCAACUCCGUUCCCGGCGGCGCUCCUCCAACUGUGCGGCUGACAACCAUUUCAACAACUCGGCUUCAGCUUCAGCAGCCACUGGCCCCAAUCUUUACCAGCCUAGCCUGCCUCUCGUCCGCUGCCUGGUGGCUGAGCAGGCUGACAAGCUGGGACGCAACAACUGCGAUGGGAGCCGUGUCCACCUGCUCUACAAGUGAAGGACCUUACAGACAUCUGGAGAAAGGGAGAGUGGGGCUUUGCUCGGGUAGCCGGGGGAAUGGGCAUUUGGUGGGUGGGGACUCUGUACAGCUGGCUGGGAAGGGGCUUUUUUUUUCCCCCAAAAAAAAGAAAGGAAGGAAAAGGAAUCGUAAUCCCUAGUCUUUGUAAAAUACCUUCGUGUCUGUCUAUCUGCUUCCCCUGGAGCCUGGAAUCCCAAGUGGAAAAUCUGGAGAUUUACUUUAGAAGUAGGGAAUCCCAAGGAUGCCCACAUCUACGCUUCCCGCCCCCACCUCCACAUCUCACUAGUCUUCAAGUGUCACUACUCGGGAAGGGAACAACUGGAAAUAUGGUUGUUAUAAAGCCAAACUCUCAAGUCUGCAUGCCGUGGAUGCUUGCAGGAAUAUGAGCAAGAAGAAAUUCAGACUGAAAGGAGCAUUGAAAACUGAUGUAGUUUUUGCUCCUCUGUAAACUUACCUAGAUGCAGAUACCAGUAGAUACAGCAUUCAGGGACACCAAUUUUUGUAUACCGUUGAGUUGUGAUGUAGCAGUUGUAUUGCGUUACUGAUAGUCAUACCACAAUUCACAAGGGUCUUCUUUACAACAAGGACAUUUUUUCCCCAUUUUCACUGCAACCUGAUCGCUUGCAAAAGGGUCUUUAUUUAUUGCAAGCCAGUCUGUAGCACAGUCUUCCUGCAGCAGACAAUUGAGUCUUCUAAGCAUUUUGGUAUGAAAAAAAAUCUUGUUUCAUGUAACCCCAAAGAGUUCCAUACUGUUGGACUUGAAUGCUUUGAUUGUGUAUGUUCGUUAUCAAAAGCACUUAAGUUUCCCAAUCUGAUUCUGGCUGCCAAUACAAGCAACCGCACAAACGCGCAACCUGGCUGGCUCUGACGAGAGCCAUCUUGCACAUCAUAUAACCAGGUCUCAUUUUAACCUCUGCCGUCAUUCCUGUACAAUCAUGGGACAGAGUGGAGUCCCAGCUGGGCCACAUCUAUGUAAAGGUGAAGAGUGAUGCAAUGAUGAAGGUGAAGGUUUAAGGUCAAAGGGGAAAAUUUGAAGGUGAAGGUGGAGCCCUUAUUCAGAUAUAGGCUAUUGCUAGAGACAGGAGAGGGAACCUAUCAGGUGACUUCCUUGUCCAGAUGGUAAUUAAUUAACCACGAGAUACGCCUUGUAGCAGAGUUCUUAAGAAAGAAAGCACCGUUCCUUGGAUAUGAGGGGAUGGGCAUUGCCUGAUGCGAGAAUUCGCUUGGAGUAGUUUCUAUGAAUAUUGCAGUUCUCACUGAGCAACACCUGUUCAUGCUUGGAAGUGUGUCCUCCUUUUGACACUGGGCCGUGGAGAAUUUCUAGACUGUAUUUAAUUGCCGUUAUUGCCUUCAUCUUGCCUCACCUAAACAAGGAACGUAGGGUGCUGGAGCUACAGUGAAGUCAAGGAUUGGCUAGGUUGCUGAUGAACAUUAGGGAACUGGGCCCAACAGUGACGAAUGUAUGCACCUCUGCAUGCAGAAUGCACAUGCGUGUGCCAGGUCCCCCCCCCCCAUGCUUUUCCCAUUUGGAGCACUUUAUUGUCCCAGCAGAUAUAGGAAAGUGAUGGGUGCUGCCUAGAAUGGUGA